AGUUAUCUGGUGUGUCGCGCUCCAUAUGCGUCGUUCUAUCGAUCUGCAGUGUGUUGCGCUCCAGACUCAUGGCCAUUCGGCUCAUGGGCCAUGUCUGCGAACGCCUCAGCUUGAAGUUGUUUGAGUUGAUGAUUGUAAUGUUGCGCAAGCGCAACUUGGGCAACUUCAGACUUUGUGUGCACCACCUAAUCACUUCAGAUUCCUCCACGCUCAGUCGCAACUAUGCCGCUUCGCUCGCCUUCCGACGGCGGCGACGGCGCCAAAGGGGCCGCACAAGGCCGCAAGACCGAGUACGGCACCUUCUCCAGCUCCGAUUCCGCCCAAGAACCGCAGAAAACGGCCCAGAAAUCGCCGCAGAAGGACACAAAACCCGACGCUAACAAAGUCUCUAAACCUCCAGCUAAUGCGCUUCAUCCCGAGUCACCAAGCACCGCCUGGUGGCGUAAACUAUUCUUCGAGUUCUUCGACAAGAAACUUUUAAACAGUGAGCUGGACGCGAGCCAAGUGUGGGAGCUCACACCCCAGCACACAAGCGUCGAAGCCUCCGCGGCCUUCCGAGAGGUCUACGCGCAAAGCCGCGAGUGUCGAGGAAUGUGUAGAAUCAAGCGCGCAAUCUUCCGCACUCAUAGGUGGAGCCUGACAGUCUGCUGGGUGCUCCAAUUCGUCAGUCUACUGUGCGACGCCUGCACACCCGUGCUGCUGUACAUGCUGCUGACUAUGGCCAUCUCCAGGGAGUACACACAGACGCAAAUAUUUGCUCUACUGGGUCUACUGUACGUCACAGCACUGGCUGAAGUGCUUCUCCAUAGUCACAGUCACUUUUUAGGCUUCAAGAUCCACAUAAAGAUCAUGGGGGCGCUGCGUGCGCUAGUAUUUGAGAAUACUAUCAGCCAACCGGAGCAUAUUCCGGGCCAUGCAGCUGGGAGUUACGACAGUGAGAGCGGCAAGAAGAGGAUGGCGGAGGUGGCGCAUUUGUACGCUGAAGAUGUGGUGAAUGUGGCCAAAAUGGUGAACCACAUGCAGUUCUUGUGGCGGAGCGUGCUGCAGAUUAUAUUUGAACUCUGCAUCCUCGUACAAGUGAUCGGCAUUAAAUUUAAGCCUGUAGCAAUCGCUUUCCUCUUCAUGGCAGUGUUUGCAAAGUUCCUAUCAGCAGCUGGGAGUCGACUACGUCGCAAGCUGCAGAAGAAGAUCGAAGCGAGACUGAACGUGAUUCACGAGUGCUUUAAGGGCAUUCAGAUGGUUAAACUCAAUGCGUGGGAGGAUAAAAUGCAGGAGAAGAUUGAACGCGCCAGGAAGGAGGAGAACAGAGAGCGUCGUAGAGUGAACGUUGUGGCAGCUCUACAGUACUGCGUUGGAGUGGACUCGCCCAACUUGGCCUCUAUAUUCAUUUUCGGGUGGGUUGCGCUGCAAGAUUCUAGUGCGUUGUCACCAGCGCGAGUUUUUCCGGCGCUUUUGUUGCUGCGUCGCAUUAAGACGCACUUCUCCAGUAUCGCGGUGCUUUUUGACGUCGCGAGUAAAGGCCACGCAUCAUUUUGCAAGAUUGACAGUUUCUUGACCGAAUGCGAUGCUAAAGCUUGUGCUCGAAACCAGACCGAGGAUUGUCGGCGUCCACAGAUUAGCACUGCCGGCUCCAGCGCGCCAGAAACUGUAGUGGCGAUGGAGCAUGCAUGCUUUGGUCAGUCAACGGAAGAAGGGAAGGCAUUGCUGGCUAACGUAACAUUCCGCUUACGGCGAGGACAAUUGGCUAUGAUUCAGGGGAAAGCAGGUGCUGGAAAGUCCACAAUACUCAAUGCACUGCUGGGUGAUAUCGAAUGUCUUGAUGGGAGCGUUUAUAUCGCUAAAGAUUGUCGGGUUGCAUACUGUGCACAGGAGCCGUGGCUGCAGACGCUGAGUAUCCGCGACAACAUCCUGUUUGGAUCGGCUUUUGACUACAAGAAGUACUGGUGUGUGGUCGAAGCGUGCUGUCUGAAGGAUGAUCUGCGGAUGCUGCCAGAAGGUGACAAUACACAGGUCGGGCCAAAGGGAAUCAACUUGUCUGGUGGACAAAAGGCUCGUAUUGCACUAGCGCGUGCAUGUUAUGCCGACGCGGACGUAUACUUGCUGGACUGCCCGUUGGCUAGUGUUGACGCUAUUGUCCAGAACGACAUUUUUACCAAGUGCAUUGUGGAGCUGCUGCGGUUCAAGACGGUGCUUAUGGUGACGCACAAUCGAGAGCUGUCAUCAUCUAGUUUUGUGGAUCAUGUGCUUCGUAUUGAAGAUCUCACAGUCGUCGUUGAGUCUGCUGAAAAAGGUUGGGAAGUCGGUCGUCAUCCAUCCAGAAGAGUGGAUCCAAGAAACUCACUUCCUCCAUGGAAGAGCGAGGAGCCACAAGACAAUAAGAAGGAGACAUUGCAUCCACGCGGCCUUGCGCUUUGGGAGUCUGCUGCGCUGCCAUUAUCGUCCACAGCAAUGCUUGUGAAACCAAAAUCUACGAAAUCACCAGUGACUUCGAUUACUACGCAGGUACCUGUAACGUCAGAGUGCGUUGGGCUUAAAGUGGCCAGGAAGUUCAAGUGGAAAGAGGAGUGGUUUUCGAUCAAGACGUGGAAAAUGCUCUUGAAAGGCAACAAGUGCAUGCGCUUUCACGUUCCAGCCAAGUUCUUUCUCUUUCUCUACGCUGUCGCUGUCACCUCAAAGGAUGUAUUCCUGAUGAAAUGGAGUGACCGAGUUGAUCACGGAGACGUCUCGUCGAUGAAACACUCAGCGAACGUCUACGGUGCUUUAGUGCUCAGCUCCAUGAUCUCUGGAUUCGCCAGCUCUGUGCUGCAUGCUCACGCGAUGGCCAACUCUGCCAACAUGAUGUUCCAUGAGAUGACUGCAGCGCUGCUGCGUGCCCCGAUGACGUUCUUCUACUCAACACCCGUGGGAGAGCUAUUCAAUCGAUACUUCAACGAUGUUCGAGUGCUAGAUACGACGUUCGCAUUGGCUUUUAUGGCCAUGUUCCGUUCGGCUAUAACGAUUCUCGCUGCUGAUGGCAUUCUCUGGUACUUCACGGGUAUUGCGGGUACUAGCAUCCUGUUGAUCGUGAUGUACGUGGUCAAAGAGUUCAUGACGUUGGGGUUCCUGGUGGGUUUGCUGCAGCUCUCGUUCCGUGCUGAAGCUGCCAACUUGAACUUCAUUUCGGAAGCGCUGGACGGCUCCGCGACGAUCCGUGCGUUCGGUCGACAGCAAAUUAACCGUUUUCGAGUGGAACAUGGAGUGCUGUCCGAUGAACUCAUGAAGGGCCAGUAUCACACUGAGGCGUUCAACCGAUUCGUGCUGAUCCGCUGUGAUCGUGUCCUCGGCAUUCAUAUGUUGCUGCUGAUGGUGCUGCUGUCUAUGAACAACGUGUCUCCAGCUGAGCUUGGCCUGAUGCUCUACUACGUAUUCACGAUCAACUCCGAUGUCUACACGUUGAGCUCCAAGCUGCUGGAAGUUGCGCUGUGUUUGCUAAAUGUCGAGCGAGUGCGCAAGUACGGACUUAUCGAGCCGGAACUGCAGAGUUACGAAGGUAACCCACUGGCAAUCCCUGCAAGCUGGCCACACCGCGGCGAUGUUGUAUUCGAGAACGUUUCGUUCAGUUAUGCUAGUUCGUCGAAUGAUGACAAGCAAUCGCUGGCGCUUUGUGACGUGAGCUUCUCUGUGCAAGGCGGUGAGAAGAUUGGCGUGGUUGGUCGUACCGGAUCUGGCAAGAGUUCGUUAGCGAUGGCUCUCUUCCGUGUACACCCGUUGGCUAAAGGACGCAUUCUUGUUGAUGGGAUUGAUGCGUCAUUGCUGACGUUGAAUGCACUGCGUACAAACGUGUGUAUUAUCCCGCAGUCGCCGCUAUUCUACAGGUGUUCAGUCCGCAACUACCUCGAUCCGUUCAACGAGUUUGGUGACGUAACGCUGCUGGACGCGUUGCGUAGAUGUGGACUCAAGGGCAGCAUGGCCAACCUCGAAGCCGAGCUGUCCGACAACGGCGAGAACUGGAGUUUGGGUGAACGACAGAUGCUGUGUCUCGCGAGAGCUGUGUUGCGGCCGUCACGUAUCGUGGUGCUGGAUGAGUCUUUCUCUGCUGUCGACCAGACGAAUCAGUCGACGUUGCUUAAUGUGCUCGAUACGGCCUUCCGAGACUCAACACUUUUUCUCAUCACGCAUCGGUUGGAUGACGUACUUCAGUUCGACAAGAUCCUGGUCAUGCAAGAGGGACAGGCGGUUGAGUUUGGACCAGCGGAGGACCUUGCGGCAGACCCAGACAGUGCGUUUUAUGAGUUUCUCGAAACGACGCUAUUGACGUACUAGUGCGGUGUCUUAUCGAGGCAGGAACAUAGAUUCCAGAAGGUAAAAUGUAAACUACGUAGUAAUACUUAACGUUUUGCUAAGUUACAAGUAAUAGCAUUGCUUUGUUUGUUUGUUUGUAGUAGGAUAAAAUGCAAGUGCAUGUUUAACCACAACAAGAAUCCUACGAGUCUCCAGUUAGCCUACAGCCCGUGUCACAAUAACUAGUUAUGAUCCA